UACAGCUACCAAAUCACCUCGGUUUCAGGACGCAAACAAUGGUAACCAUCGAUGCCACGAACCUCAGAGAAAGAAUUGGGCGCUCUCGAGUUCUGAUCAUAGUAGGGAGAGCAAACGCAGGCAAAAUGACCAUUCUUCAGAAGGUCUGCAACACCACGUCGGAUGAACCAGAAAUUCACGAUACUGAAGGAAAGAAGGUGCGGAUGAUGAUCUAUGCCAUGCGCGCGUCUUAGACCGAUGCUGCUGCCGUGAAAUCCUCGAUCAAGCAUGGAAAUCACAAAUGAGAUGGUGUUCAUAAGCAAUCCUGAUUUCGGUUUUCACGACCCGUGCGAUUUCGAAGCGGGCUCUGAAACGAAUUCGAGAGCAUGAAGAAAUUUGUCUCAG